UUGAUGAAGGGUCUCUGACCUGAAAAGUUGCCAUUGGUUUCUUUCCACAGAUGCUGCUUGACCUGCUGAGCCUUUCCACCGUCUUGUGUUUUCGUUGCAUGUUCUAUAACCUAUGCCGAAUGUAUCCCAGAGACUCACUCGAUUGAAACGGUUUUAUGAAUCAUUUCCGAGGGAAUGAUGUAGUCUUUACACUAAACCGGCCACAGAUUCAGCUUUAUGAUUACGGAGCAAAUGUAUGUGUGUUUGUAAGGCGGGAAGUUCCCUCUGACAGAAGCAACAGCGAUGUUGGUUCUGCAGCUGUAGAUAGAUGAACAGCAGGCUUGUACAGUGGUUGGGCUCUGGAAGCGAUGCGCUCGUAGGAUUGGGAGUUAUUGCGGAACUGACUGCACGGGUCUGAUCGUUUCAGUGCGGUGGGAACCGAUGACGGGAGAUGGGCAGCGCCGUUGCCAGGAUCAUUAUAGAUUGCAAUCGGAAGUAGUUGACUUUUAAUAAGUCGGGGAGCGGUGGGUUGGCGAGGCGACGCCUGUGUGUGUCUCAGCGUGGCCAUUUCCACUGUGCGCGCUUCCAGAGAUCAGCCGGGGUUGGAGCCGCCAGACGAGCAGCAGCACACACGACCAGCCUCCAGUUGUCCAGAUUUCCUUUGUGUGCAGGGCAGGCGGUGCUUUGGAAAUUCCCUUCUCAGUCUCAAACCUCCCUGCUUCUAUGUUCUUCUAAAGCCACAGUCAACUCGCUUUCAUGAGUAGAUGGACCUUUUGAAGCCAAGGGUAGAGAUAACAAGCCCAGUUACAUUCAGUCAGAAAGCCCUCCGCUCUGCCUUGCUUUAAAUGAAAGGAAGUGAUGGGUAACAGUGCGCAGAAAACACAUGCAGAUGCAACGCACCAUGCCCGCUCAGGAUCUGCUCGGCAGUAUUACACACUUCCACCUAGCAGCCAUGAACGGAGAACACAUCCAAACAUUACCGAACCUCCAAGGUUUCACUCACAGGCCAAAGGCAAAAAUGUUCGUUUGGACUCGCACUUCAAAAAAGCCUCCCGGAAAAACAGCUUCUGCAAUGGUGUAACCUUCAGCCACCGUCCAGUCCACCUAUACGAGAAAGUGAGAUUACGAUUAUCAGUGGUCCUUCAUGGAUGGAGUGGUGCUUUACGGUUUGGUUUUACAAGUCACGAUCCCUCUCUGAUGAGCUCUGCAGACAUCCCAAAAUAUGCAUGUCCUGACUUGGUAACCAGGCCUGGUUACUGGGCCAAAGCAUUACCCGAAAGAUUUGCUCUGAAAGACAACGUGCUUGCCUUCUGGGUGGACAGACAUGGACGAGUAUUUUAUACUGUGAACGAUGAAGACCCUGUUCUCUUCCAAUGUGGCAUUAAUGUUUCAGGACCACUCUGGGCGCUGAUUGACAUUUAUGGAAUUACACAAGAAGUUCAAAUGCUUGAGAGUAUGUUUGCAGAAACCAUCACUUCAGCACGACUCAAUACAGCCCGGCUAAACAGUUGCCUUCCUCAGACUAGUCAUGACAAUGCUAACUUCAAUAAUAAUGAACUGGAGAACAGUGUUGUGGUGGCAAAAAUAACAAACCUAAAUCUAAGUGAAGUUCCAAGCCUUGCACCAGACAAUCACAAUUUACCAUGUUGUACCAACAGACGGCUUCGUUCACGAGGUUUGCCAUCUUUUCUUGACACCGACCUUCACUUUCACUACAUACGAGGGCCUGAUGUCACCCUUUCUCAGGAUAGGAUGGGAGUGUGCACAAACUGGCAGGAGAGCACUAGGACCCUGGUGUUCUCUGAUCGUCCUUUGCAUACUGGUGAAACCUUGUAUGUAGAGGUGGGACAGUUAGGAUUACCUUAUUAUGGCGCCCUUCUCUUUGGUGUGACAUCAUGUGACCCCAGCACUCUGCGAACAAAUGAGCUCCCAGCGGAUCCAGACUUCCUACUUGAUCGUAAGGAAUAUUGGGUAGUUUGCAGAGGUUUCUCAGUGCCCAACAGUGGUGAUAUUUUCAGUUUCACCAUUCUGCCAAAUGGGGAGCUCCAUCAUCGUGUAAAUGGAAUAAACAUAGGGAUGCUGGUCUAUGUGGACACCACACAGUCACUGUGGGUGUUUUUCAGCUUACACGGAGUUGUCAACCAGCUGAGGAUAUUGGGUACAUCCCAGUCCACCCCUGUAGAUGUAUCCCCUUCAGGUUCUCCAAGUGGUUCCCACUAUGACAGUGACUCUGACAUGGCAUUUAGUGUUAAUCGAUCUUCAUCUGCAUCUGAAUCAUCUCUGGUUACUGCGCCCAGCUCUCCAUUGAGCCCUCAGCUGUCACCGUCUUUCUCCCCGCCUGAUCCACCUGACAGCAAAAAUGGCGAGUGUGCUGUUUGCUUUGACAGCGAAGUUGAUACAGUGAUUUACACCUGUGGACAUAUGUGUCUCUGCUACGACUGUGGUCUUAAACUGAAGAAGCAGAUCAAUGCCUGCUGCCCCAUCUGCAGGAGAGUAAUUAAGGAUGUCAUUAAGAUAUACCGUCCAUGAGAAAUCUGGCUCCUAUAAGGACCGUUUCAUAUUCCGCACUAUAAUUUUUUUUUAACAUAAAAUUUUUAUAGAUAUGGAAAGCUUCUAAUGUUCACUCUUAAUUCAUCUAUAUGCAUUCAAAAAGUGUGGCUGAGUUGAUUUGACUAAUUUUCUCACACUUUCUCAUACUCUUCUUCCUCUAUACUUUCUAUUCCUGUUUCCAGUCACCUGCAUAUAGAAAGCCAAGCUGGCUGCACACAUCCCCAGCAGUGGCAACAACACCAUGUCAUACUUAACCAACAUGUUCUGCAAUCUAAAUGGAGAAAUUUGAACAUUAUCGAGCAGUUCAUCUGAGCACAGCUUAAAAUGACUUAACUAAAAUGCAGUAAAUCAAUUUAAGAGCAACUUGCUUUUAAUUCGCUUUCUUGUCUGUGAUUACAAGAAAAAAUAUCAAUCAUCAACAGAAACCAAUAAAUUUGAGAAAGAAAUCUAUUUUGUCAUAUUUAUCACCCUCUGUUUUGAUCAUACCAAACGCAAUAUCCUCAAUGACAAAUCAUAAGCAGAAUAUUCGCCACAAGCAUUUACCUGUUGGUUUAAAGGUUAGAGGUGGGACUUCCCCUGCAAACAAUAAUAUUUGUCAUGUUUGAUUCAUAUACAACAACCUGCAAUUAAUUUUUAAAGAGAAUUCAAUUGUUGCACUCAGUUGAAACAUCUCUUCAAUGUAUGUUUUGAAAUUAAUUUGAAGAGACACAGUUCUAACAGAUCAAUUAAUACAAAAUUGCAGUUCUGUUGUUUAUGUUACAGGCGUGCCAAAAUUUAUAGCUUGCCAGUGAUGAUAGGUCUCAAAUUUAUUUUGUUUAAGUGUUUUAAACAGGCAGUGACUAAUUAAGGGUUGGAGUUCCGUUGCAUAUUAAUGACUAAAACUGCAAUACCUCUUUUUGGCAUAAAUAGGAUUCAAUUAUAUUAUCUAAACCAAUGACAAUGACCAUAACUUGCCCCUUGAUUUAUAUAAUAAAAUCAUUUAAUUUUUGUUUUAGAAAUGGGCCUUUUUCUUAGAGAAGUUGAGAGUGACAGUUCACAUGUUUCUGUAACAAGGAGUUGAGGCUUGCAAUUUGUUACUUCCUGCCUCUCAGUGAUCCAUGGGUCAGUGCAAAAAGGAAUACAGAAUAAAAUUUAAAGGGGAACCAUUCUAGAAGAGCUUGGUUCCAAUAUGUGAAGCUUAAAUUGAUUUGUACAUUAGAGUUCAAGCUAACAGGCCUCCAAAGGGAUAUUGCAACUUUAGCAUGACUUUUAACAGGUAUGAAGUUUAAUGCUGGAUUUUUUUCUGUGAUGAUUCAAAGCUACAGGUGCCUUACAUUGGAAGGUGAUGCACUUUUUUCCGAUUUCCCCAUGAACUCUGACUGCCACUAUUAUAGAUUCACUGAUUAAAGGCAAAGUAGUUUUAUAGAACACACGUGACAGCCACAAAAAUAUUUUCCUUUUGAUAAUGGAAUGAAAAUGGUAUGUUACACAAAUAUAUUUAAUAUCUUGCCUAAUUUACUGACUUUGUACAAAAAAGUAUCUAGUUUCAUUAGCUUAUUGUUUCAGUGUUGAAGAUGAUGGCAUAUCCUAAACUUCAACAAAAACUUUGUACAAAUUUUGCCUGCAAUAUAUAGCAUAAAGCAUUAUAAUUUGGGGUUUUUUGCACUUAAUUUAAAUGUUUUUUGUUGUCCAAGAUUGUUUUUCUGUGUGUGACACUGAUAGAAAGUGGAGAAACAUAGAAUACUUGUUGUGUUUGUGUGUGCUAGCACCUUGAAUGGUAAGAUUAAUAGAUCAGUUGUAAAGGACAGAAUGAAAAAUGUAAGAAUCUUGUUUACCUAGGCCUGACCAGAUUGCUAUUGAGAACUGAAUAGUGGUUACAACAUAUGGUAACACAUUGUUUUUGGAAAAUAUGAACAGGUAUACAAUAAAUCUUUGAAUAACUUUUUCAAAUUAGAAUCAGAAUUUAAAUCUGUAAAUAAGAUCACUUGAAAUUCACAGCUAACUUCAUGUGGUUUCCCUUUCUCCUACCUUUAUAUUCCUCAGUUCCUUCCCAACAUGUAAGUGCCAUUGUUGCUCCACUCUUGUGCAUAACUACCUUACAUAGCUGAUCAAUUCAGUUCAAUAUUUACUUCCACUAUAGCGCUUGCUUAUUUCUUUGCAUGUGUUAUUCAGUUGUAAAGCUAUAAUUCUCCGUAUUCAUGGUUUUAGUGUGUCACUGUUAUCAAUAAACAAUGGAGUCGUGAGCCAUUUGUGUUCUUUGCAUCUGUCUGAAAGUAUGCGUCAGAGAGUUAGAGGUAGAGAUCUUUCUGAUUGAAAGGUUGGAAAUCUUUGGUAAAUGCAGUAAUAUUCUGCCCUAGAAAUGUAGACUUAGUGGAAAUAAUGAAUAUUGACAGAAAACCAAGAGAUGAAGAGGGUGUCAGUGCUGUCAGCACCAGAAAGAGCAUGCAGGUAUUAUUUUGAUUUGCUUGAUUUAAAGAAGUAAAGGUAGAAAGUGAAUUUAAACAAUAGUUCAUUAUCUCAAGCUAUACUGCUUCACUAUGUGCAAUAGUUUGAAAUAAAGAAUGUAUAAUAGGAGAAAUCUAUUAAAUUACAAAGAGGAAGCUUCAACAAAUGAAGGUGCCACAGUAGCAGAGCAGUUAGUAUGAUGCUAUUACAGAUCAGGGCGUCAGAGUUCAAUUCCAGCACCAUCUGUAAGGAGUUUUAUGGUCUCAUGUUUGUGUGGAUUUCAUCCAGGUGCUCCAGUUUCCUCCCAUAGUCCAAAGAAGUACCGGUUAGUAGUUACUGUAAACUGCCCUGUAAUUAGACUAGGGUUAAGUAGGUGGUGCGGCUUGCUGCGGUGGAAGAUCUGUUCCACACUGUAUCUAUAGAUUCAUUGUGAUAAAUAUGUGGACAGACUGCUUCUGUUGCUGUUUGUUGAAGGAUAAAUAUUUAUGAACAAACAACACAGAAGAAAUCAGCUACUCGCCUUCAUAUAACGCCAUGGGAUAUUUUAUCUGAGGGGGAAGGUUGGGCCUUGAUUUAACACGUCAAGUAGUGUUCUGGAUUAUGUUCUCAAAUCUGUUGUUGAUCAUCAGAUUUUCAGUAGAUUUUGCCUGCAUCUAACUUUUUCUUCCUUCCUCUCACUUCUCCUGAAGACAGUGGCCCCUCUCGGUUUAGUUCAGUUACAGAUGCUAUCUGUCGUUCAUCUUUCACAUGUAAGAGCUGAAAAAGCAAGUUAUAUUACAAUAAAAGUAUUAGAACUGAGCAAAGAGUAAAACACAACCAAAUGGAAAGCUGAAGUGGAGCAGACAGCCUCUGUGAACAGAGGGACAGUUGAUGUGAUUGACCAAUGAUAUUUUCUAUUUCCAUGUUGGCGCAUGGCCAGGUGGUUAAGGCAUUCAUCUAGUGAUUUGAAGGUUGCUAAUUCGAGCCCUGGCUGAGGCAGUGUGUGUGUCCUUGAGCAAGGCAUUUAACCACGCAUGGCUCUGCGACGACACCAGUGCCAAGCUGUAUGGGUCCUAAUGCCCUUCCCUUGGACAGCAUUGGUUGCGUGGAGGGGAGAGACUUACAGUAUGGGCAACUGCUGGUCUUCCUUGCCCAGGCCUGCGCCCUGGAAACCUUCCAAGGCGCAAGUCCAUGGUCUCAUGAGACUAACAGAUGCCUAUAAAUUUUCUAUUCCCAGCAUUUUCUGCAUUAAUGUUCUGCUUCCAGUAUAAAUCUAUUCUAAUUUUGUGUUCAGUUCCCCAUUUGGCAUACACAGAUUAGAAUCAGAAUCAGGUUUAAUGUGACUACCAUCAGCAGUGGAAAGGGUGAGCAGUUUCAAGUUCCUGAAAUUAAUUCUAACACCUCCAUUGCUCCCACUUCCAUUCACCAGUGUAAAGUCAAUACAAUCCAAGCCUUUUGACCAAAAAUUUAACCUAGUCAGUUCAGAACCUAUUAACACAGCUGCAGAACUGUAACAUUUUACAAAUUAUUGAUUGUUUUCACAUCAAGGCUUACAUCUCUGGUGUACCACAUGUGGGCUAUGGGACACAUCCAGCUCAUAGGAUAUAUCCAUCUGGCCUUUCUGCACUCUAGCUGCCUCACAAUCCCAUGAGGUCAGCUUUAGUCUCAUAACACAACUUGUGCUCAAUGUGCCAGCUGCCCCACCACAUUACAUGACCUAAGCCAUGAGAUUUUCUCCCCUGUGCAACUUGCUGCUGUCUAUUAGGUCCUAAUGCUCAUGGAGUUAACUUCCUAAUCUCAAUUGGUUGAAGAAUGGGUUUUGUAUAAGAUGCUAUCAGAAGUAGACUGCACUACUGUGAAACAAUGAUGCACAACAUAACACCUGUCUCAGGAUCUCCCAGGGUCUGAUUUUUGAUUGGACCAUUCAAAUAAUCUUUACACUUCACCUAUGCAUAAUAGAUUUCAAGUCCUUCUAAAGUGAUUUUUAGUAAUGUUGAUGUCAUUUGUAAGAUGGAAAGGAACUUUGGAAUGUGACAGGUGGAACAGCAAUGCAUUAGUGAGGGAAACAGUGCAUUUGUGUCUUUAAGCGUGACUCAAGGUAUCAGAAUUUAGUUGUGUCUGAUUAAAUUAAACAGUUUUUUUUUGUGAGGAUCUUUGGAAGAGGCUUAGAAUGCAAAUCAGGCUCCCUCCUAUAAAAAGGCUGUGCACUACUGAUGUACGUGGUUAAUUUUUCUUUAACAUAACUGCACUCUUCAUACGUGUUCAUUUUUUCUGAUUAAUGUGUUACCACAUGAAUAGGGCAAGUAUCCCAUGUAAUAAAGAUGACAGCGUUUAACUCUGUACUGCUGCUGUCAUCUUUUGACAGGAUGUGCUUCACAGUUUGGUAUUGUUGCAAACUUUAAUAAGGUAUAAGGAACUGAGUGUCAAUUCUUAGAGUUUUUUAAACUACGUUUCUGUUCUUAAUCUUCAAGGUAUCAAAUUGUUUUCUAUCUGGAUUUCCAUUACAGUAUUUGCAUCGCCUUCUUGGUUUCUAUCUGUUUUCAGAAAUAUUUUAACUUAGUUACAAAGAAAAAUCAAGGCACCAGCAUUUGUUGAUUUGUAAGCAGUUUCGGCAUCUUUCUUACUUAGGCUCAGUAGAUAAUGGUCCCAGUUUUAACCUCAUGAUGACAUAAUGAUUGAAUAUCAACAUAUGACACUGUUAUCUGUGGAAACAUUUGAUUUCAUUUCCAACAUGAGUUCACAACUUUUUUGCAUUUACAGAGAAAAUGGUUCAAAAAAUCAUAUGGCUUUGGGAAAAAUACUUUGAUACAAAUUUGUAUGGUCAUGGGUGUUUACCAUCCUUCAUUUGUUCAUGCAGAACAAUAAUUUACAUGCAGCUUUUUAGCAGCUUAACAUCUCAGUUGACAUACAUAUACCCACAACUUUGCUUGUCGUUGCCAAAAAUCAAGGUUAAAAUGCUGUCCAUUAUCUGAAUGUAUUGCUUUUUAUAGGAGCUAAGAAAGAUGCUUUGUUUCAAUUAACUUGUUUGUAUUUGUUAAUUAGGAAAGAACAAAAUAUAUGGAUAUUCCCUUUACCAAGAGCAUAAUGUACCAAUAUUUCAGAUUUUUAUUGCCUAGCUAAACCUGACAUUUUAUAAUUAAUAUCAUUUUUAUACAGAGCGGUAAUUAAAAGUAACCAAGCUAAUGUCAGGAUGAAAAUUGCUCAAAGUAUUUUGAUAAAUUAAAAAUUGACUCUCAUCUAGAAUGAAAACAAGUAACUGAUAAUGAAAUGGAAAUGGCUCUCAAGGGAAUAUUAGAUAAAAGUUCUUUCUCUCAUCGCUUUUUGUUGUUUUGGGUUAAUUUUUAAAACAAUCAGAAAUUAUGUUCCCUAUACUUUUUGUAAAGAAAUUAACUUUGUUGAUUCUGGUUCUUAAUAAAUACAUAUUGUACAGUUUCAAGGUAGACUGCUUCACUAUGUAUACUGGGUUCUUAAGAAAAAUAAUGCAGUUUUGUUCCUGUUGUAAACAGUUGCAUAAUUGUAACAUUCCUUUGUUCUGUGACCAAAUGCUUCCCAUGUUGCUCACAUGAUCAGGCAUAUAAAG